AAACCCAUCAAAAUGUCCCUCUCCAAACCUUCCCUCCCCCUCAUCAAAACCUCCACCCUCCUCCUAACAGCCUUCACAACCGGCCUCUCCCUCACCUUCUCCACCCUCAUUACCCCCUUGCUGCUUACCUCCCCAACCCCGCUCAUGCUCCAGCAGUGGAAGAAGGUGUUCCUAACCGGUAAAUCCCACAUGCCGCCUUUGUCCAUCCUCUCGGCGAUCGGGUUUUUCUACCUUGCUGCAAAGUCACCUGCUCAUCGAAACCUCUGGACGACAGCUGGAGGUUUGAGCGUGGGGGUUAUUCCUUAUACCUUGGCUCUGAUGAUGGGAACUAAUAACGCGCUGCUGAAGAGAGAGGCGGAUCUGACUGCGAGGGUGAAGACGAGUGGUGCGGUGGUGGUGAGUGAGAGUGAGGAGAAGGGAGCGAAGGAGCUGGUGGAUUGGUGGGGGGUGUUGAAUCUGGGAAGGACGGGGAUGCUGUUGGGGGCUUUGGGGGUCGGGGCUUGGACUUCAUUGCAUUAA